GUACAGUUCAUUAUUGUGAGAAAAAGCAUAAAUGUGCAAAUCUGGUUGCAUCAAGCAGCUGCAAUAAACGAAAUGGAUAAUUUAUUUUUCAACAUUGGCAGCCCUGACUGCAGAACUUCAUGUUUUCAUCGUGCGAGGUCUUCAUGGUCGAUCCGACUGACGAGAGUGUUGAAUAACGUCAAGAAUCCGUGCUUUUAUACAGGAUGCGAGCCGGGUAAAUAAAAGAACGAGUGGCCCGUGUCUCGUCGUUCUAUCGUCACGAAACAUCGUCACUUCGUCGCAACCGUCAACCGUCAGGCAUCAGCUGGCACUAUGGCAUGGCUCGGCACAAUCGCGAAUAAUGUACUGCGAAAAUUCUCGGAUGUGCCGCCGAACAUCGUCCAGGAAGUUCGACCGGAACAGUAUACUAAUCGACGUAUACAUUCCCGCGAGGAUGGCAUCGUUCUCUACGGACCUGGGGACAAUAAAAAUCAAGAUAAAUACGAGAUUGUGUUACACAGACCCUGCACUGAAACCCUGCAUCAGGCGUACAGUUUGUUCCGAUCGGAAACUCUGGAAGGUGGGGAAACACGGUUCUUAAUAUACAAAGACAAAGUUCCCGUACUCGUACAAAUAGUACGCGAGAUGUGCAAUGUUGGGAAAAUUCAAAAGCUUUGUGAUACUUUGGUAGAACAUCCGACUUGGACUCUGGCACAUCUAGCGGCCUAUUUCGCGCUUCACGAUGCUUUCAUGCAUGCCGUUGUUAACAGUCAACUCAACAGCGGUGAUUUGGAGACCGGAAUUUCACCUUUACAAGUCGCCAUACAGACCAACAACUUACGCACCGUCGAAAUGCUAAUAGCGGCGAAAAGUUCGCUGGAGCAUCUGGAUCAUAACGCGAAUACGGUCUAUCAUUACGCUGCUACGUCCACUAAGGAGAUCAUUCUCGCUCUGGGUUCGGGUCUUCCAAACAGUCUAAACAGCCGUAACAGCAACGGUCAUACUCCCAUCCAUGUGGCGUGUCAAAAUGAUAAGCCCGAGUGUGUCAAAGCACUCUUGCUAAUCGGCGCCGAUGUAAACAUACCUGCUACCGAAGGCCAGCCCUCCAGUCCCGGCUACGUCGGCGAUUUUCUCCACGACAAGCCGAACGUGCUUCACGUGGAAGACAUGAAGUUUGGCGGCACUCCAUUACAUUGGUCGCGCAGCCGAGAGGUGAUCACGGCGUUGAUCGACACCAACUGCGACAUCGAUGCGCUCAACUUUGACGGGCGCACCGCAUUACACGUGAUGGUGAUGCGCAAAAGGCUGCCCUGCGUGGUUGCCUUGUUAGGUCAUAUGGCGUCCAUUAACAUUGUCGACAAUGAUGGUAACACACCUCUACAUCUCGCAGUCGAGGCGGAGACUCCGGCUAUCGUGCAGACGCUCAUUGGCUUUGGCGCCGAUAUCGACGCGCGGAAUUGGAAAUCGGAAACACCCAGACACAAGGCAAACAUCGAUACCACUGAGGGUAACAAGAUAAUCUAUUUGCUGCAUGCGGUAGGCGCGGAAAGAUGUCCGGCAGAGAUGACAAACUGCCAUCUUGGUUGUAAAUACGGCGAAAACUAUACUGGCAUCGCGCCAUCGGAACCGCCGCAUUAUGUGCCGCGUACAAUUCUCGAUCAGAUGCUUCACGUAUCGAGCAUGGAGAAGAUGGCCGAGCAUGGACGUAAUAAGCGAAUCAGGGGCGGCAGACUGCUCUGUCUUGACGGCGGUGGUAUUCGUGGACUGGUGCUCGUGCAGACGUUGCUGGAGAUUGAAUCGGUGCUGCAGAAACCGGUGGUGCACUGCUUCGACUGGAUCGCUGGAACUUCCACUGGCGGCAUCCUAGCGCUCGGUCUUGCUGCGGGCAAGUCCUUACGGGAAUGCCAGGCGCUCUACUUCCGCAUCAAGGAAGAUGCCUUCGUAGGCUCGCGACCUUAUAGCAGCGAGGGUCUCGAGAGAGUGCUAAAGGAAUGCCUCGGUUCGAAUACAGUCAUGGCGAACAUUGAGAAACCAAAGAUAAUGAUCACGGGCGUGCUCGCCGACCGGAAGCCCGUGGAUCUUCAUUUGUUCCGUAACUACGUGUCGCCCAGUGCCCUGUUGAAAGUACCGGAGAAUAAGAUGUUCAAGUCGACGUUAUUACCGCAGGACCAACUCCUUUGGAAGGCAGCAAGAGCGACCGGUGCGGCGCCGUCGUACUUUCGAGCGUUCGGCCGGUUCCUGGACGGUGGUCUGAUUGCUAAUAAUCCCACCCUAGACGCCAUGACGGAGAUUCACGAGUACAAUCUGGCGCUGAAAGCCACCGAUCGUGAAAAGGAGGCAAUACCGCUGUCGCUGGUGGUUUCUAUCGGCACAGGAAUCGUGCCGACCACUGCUACGCUGAACGAGAUCGACGUUUAUCGACCUGAUAGUCUCUGGGAUACCGCCAAGCUCGCAUUCGGUAUCUCGGCGCUGGGUACGCUACUGGUGGAUCAAGCAACAGCCAGUGACGGCCGGGUAGUAGAUCGCGCCCGCACCUGGUGCUCUAUGAUCGGAGUACCGUACUACAGAUUCAAUCCGCAAUUGACAGCGGACGUCGCUAUGGACGAGAAGAGCGACGAGGUUCUGGCAAGCAUGAUUUGGACCGCGAAGGCGUUCAUGCAUGCGAAUCGAGAUCAAGUGAAAGAACUGGCAGCUAUCAUCGAUCGCGAUACUAAUUUGGAUAGUGACUGAGAAGUGCAGCGUUGUCUUAUCGUGGAAAAGUACCUGGUUGUAGAAGUAUGUUACAUAUAUUAUUAUAUCUUGACGAUUUACCGCUGGUUCGGUUGAUAAUUAUGUAAUUAUGUAAUUAGUCUAGCAAAUGUCUCAUCACGUAGGUAGCAAGUGUAUUAGAACCAAUAUUUUACUAUCGUCGAUUUCUCGACGAGUGUAAUAUAUAUUACAUUGGUUUCUUUUCACUUAUGUAGGCAAUGCAAUUUGCGAGACGUUUGUAUAUAAACGUUCGCGUUUUUUUCUGUCUUUCAAUGUCGAUUGUUGAUAGUCUAGUUAAAUUAAAUUUUUUUCUCAGCAAUUAGGAAUCUCAUAAAACGAGAUAUACAAUUUAAUAUACAUAUCAUUUUUUAUGUAACUGAUGAGUUCAAUUGUAAAUUCCGUGUUUACAUCUUUUUUUUUUUUUUUUUGUAUAAUUGCAGAUAGUCUCGAAGAAUAUAAAUGUCACAUGUUGAAUCACAAA